UCAUUCACAUAAAACACUGCGCCGCCGGCGGAAUCCCCGGCUUCUGGAGUGGUGAGUGGCCGGGAGGGUACACAGCAGGCAGGGCGGGAAAGAAGAGUUGAGCGGCCGCUCAGGCGCGGGGCUCCGUCAGCCGGCUGCAGUACCUCGUCAGCGGGCAUCCUGGCCGUGGGCACCUGCUCUGCGCGCGGCGCGGGGCCGCUGGGCGGCGGCAUGAAGGUCACGUCGCUCGACGGGCGCCAGCUGCGCAAGAUGCUCCGCAAGGAGGCAGCGGCGCGUUGCCUGGUGCUCGACUGCCGCCCUUACCUGGCCUUCGCCGCCUCGAGCGUGCGCGGCUCUCUCAACGUCAACCUCAACUCGGUGGUGCUGCGGCGGGCUCGCGGCGGCGCGGUGCCGGCGCGCUACUUGCUGCCGGACGAGACGGCGCGCGCGCGGCUGCUGCAGGAAGGCGGCGGCGGCGUGACGGCCGUGGUCGUGCUGGACCAGGGCAGCCGCCACUGGCAGAAGCUGCGCGACGAGAGCGCCGCCCGCGUCGUGCUCAUGUCGCUGCUCGCUUGCCUGCCCGCGGGUCCGCGGGUCUACUUCCUCAAAGGGGGAUAUGAGACCUUCUACGCUGAAUAUCCAGAGUGUUGCGUGGAUGUAAAACCCAUUUCACAAGAGGAGAUUGAAACUGAGAAAGCCCUCCUCAGCCAGUGUGGGAAACCAGUAGUCAACAUCAGCUACAGGCCGGCUUAUGACCAGGGUGGCCCUGCUGAAAUCCUUCCCUUCCUCUACCUUGGAAGUGCCUACCACGCAUCCAAGUGCGAGUUUCUCGCCAACCUGCACAUCACGGCCCUGCUGAAUGUCUCACGGCGGCCCUCUGAGGCCUGCACCACCCACCUACACUACAAGUGGAUCCCGGUGGAAGACAGUCACACGGCUGACAUUAGUUCCCACUUUCAAGAAGCAAUAGACUUCAUUGACUGUGUCAGGGAAAAGGGAGGCAAGGUCCUGGUCCACUGUGAGGCCGGAAUCUCUCGCUCGCCCACCAUCUGCAUGGCUUACCUCAUGAAGACCAAGCAGUUCCACUUGAAAGAAGCCUUCGAUUACAUUAAGCAGAAGAGGAGUGUGAUCUCGCCCAACUUCGGCUUCAUGGGUCAACUCUUGCAGUAUGAAUCUGAGAUCCUGCCUUCCAUGCCUAACCCCCAGGCUCCCUCUUGCCAAGGGGAGAUGGCAGGCUCUUCAUUUGUAGACCAUUUGCAGACAUUGAGCCCGGAUGUGCAGGGUUCCUACUGUACAUUUCCUACCUCGGUUCUGGCCCCAGUGCCCACCCACUCAACGGUCUCAGAACUCAGCAGGAGCCCCGUGGCCACAGCUACAUCCUGCUAAGUCUACAAUGGGGAGCCAGCCCAGCCCCAAGAGCAACUGUGAUAUACUGUGUUUUAAACUCGUGAACAUUUCAUAACCUUUGCGAUACUGAAGGCCUCACUCUAUCAUGCUGUCCCAGUGGGAUAGUGACGGGGUCAUCAAUUGCAAACAGACUUCAUACUGACCUCGGGGAUAGGUUCUCUGGACUGAAGGAAGGCCAAGCCAUUAUGCUAACACAGCGUGUGCUGAUUACUGUACUUCCAGACCUCCUGCCCUCUCAGGACUGCUUGGUCCUCACACCUCAACAUUCGCCUUUUCAUUUCAAGCAUAAGGCAAUAAAUAACCUGCAGCAACGUGGGAGAAACAGUUGCUGGCCCAGGAGAAAAGGCAGUUCCAAGCCAAUCCAUUCUGAAGGAAGCACAAUUUCCACCUUAGUUUUUGAACUUUGAUGGUCUCCAUGUCUGUCUCUGUGGCUUCAGGGCAUAAGGUGAUCACCAUCCAGGCAGGGAAGUAACCUCACUGGGUUUGUAGGGCCA